AUGAAGUUUCAAGCCUCGGAACUUCCCAUAGGAAAGCCUCAUCAUCAAGCAAGAAAAAAAACAUCAAAACUUGCUCCACUCAUAGCCCUAACCAUCCUUCUAACAAUCCCUUUGUACUAUCCCACCGUUAGAGACUCGUCCAAGAAAUUAUCCGAUACAUCGCCGGUGUACGAUGAUCCCGUAGACAAACCAAUCAAAUCAACCCAAUCUUUCGAAACACCUCCCCAGGAAGUAAUAUCCGAAAACAAUACCCAAACAACUAAUUGCUCCGCCGCAGAAUGUAAUAAUGAUCAACCGGCGCCAACCGAGCACCAUCCGGUGCGAAAGAAGCAAGAGCGGGCCAAUAGAAAGAAAAGAGUGGCCCGCGUGUCGGCCCAUAAAGAAAACAAACACCGGCCCAUUGGGCCCAAUGAUCGUGAGAUGGUGAGAUCACAACUAUUGGACGAGGAGGAAUGUGAUUUGUUUUCCGGGGAGUGGGUCCCGAAUCCCGAGGGCCCGUAUUAUACGAACGACACGUGUAGUGCGAUUCAGGAGCAUCAGAACUGCUUGAAGUUCGGGCGGCCCGACAGGGGAUUUUUGAAAUGGAGAUGGAAGCCCGAUGAUUGCGAGCUGCCCGUUUUUGACCCGGCCCGAUUCUUGGAGCUCGUUAGUGGGAAAUCUAUAGCUUUUGUGGGAGACUCCGUGGCUAGGAAUCACAUGCAGUCUUUGAUUUGCCUGUUGUCAAGAGACCUAUCAGGGCCGUUGGACCAAAACAAGCGUUACGAAUACCGCGAUCACGACUUCAACAUCUCCAUGUUCUGGUCUCCCUACCUCGUACGCACUGAAAAACUCGACCCGAACGACGACAAGCGUCCCUUCAAGCUCUUCCUUGACGAGUUCGACACCCACUGGACCUCAGCCCUCUCCCCCUUCGACUACCUCAUAAUCUCGGCCGGCCACUGGUUCUUCCGCCCCACCUACUUCUACCUUGACCGCCGUCUCGUCGGCUGCCUCUACUGCCCGGAGACAAACAUCACCCGCCACACCACCGCCUACUUCAGCUACCGCAGAGCCUUCCGCACCGCCCUCCGUGCCACGUCAGACAGCUUCCGCGGGGUGGCGUUCCUCCGCACGUUCGCCCCGUCGCACUUCGAGGGGGCUGCGUGGGAUAAGGGCGGGGAUUGCCCGCGGACGAGGCCGUACGGACGGGAUGAGGUGAGACUGGUGGACUACAGCCUGGAGAUGUACUUGAUACAGCUGGAGGAGCUGAGGAUAGCACAUAGGGGGGCUGUAGGGAGGAGAAAGUUUCGGCUGUUUGAUGCGAGCAGGGCGAUGGUGCUGAGGCCGGACGGGCACCCGAGUAGGUACGGACACGUGCAGGGGAGUAAUCUGUCGUUUGCGAAUGAUUGCGUGCACUGGUGCCUGCCGGGGCCAAUUGACGCCUGGAAUGAUUUUUUGCAGGAGCUGUUGAGUAGAGAAAUAGGAGGGAAGAGGAGGUCACCGCCCGCAUCACGGCCACCUCAGCCGCCAGCUGCCUUAGCACCGGUGCAUCAUCACUCUUCGGGAGGCAAUUCCGGGUCAGAGCUGCCGACCGCAAAAUCGGUACAGCCUAUCCGGAACAUAAGCAGCGAAGGGGAUUCAGUGAGCUCUCGGGAGCUGAGGGGCGGAAGUGUAAUUGUGCUCAGCAGUUUCGUGGGCAUUUUGGCUCUCACAUUGGCCGUGUUUUUCGCGUGGUUUGUCAAUAGAAGGAAGAAAAGAAAAGGUGGUGGUGGCCCGGAGAUCAAUCAGCUGGAGCACUCUGCCUUUCCUUCGUCCCAUAACACAGAUUCCACAUUCCUAAGACCCCAGUAUUCGAAUCUCACGUGCUCGUCGGAUGGCGGCAGGGGUGCUUCUUCUAGGUCGUGGCUCACGUACGAGGAUUUAUAUGAGGCAACAAACGGGUUUUCGGAAGAUAAUGUUUUGGGCAAAGGUGGUUUUGGCUCUGUUUAUAAAGGGGUGCUAAUGGACAGCAAAGAAGUUGCUGUCAAGCAGUUGAAAGCUGGCAGCAGACAGGGUGAGCGUGAGUUCCGAGCAGAAGUCGAGAUUAUUAGCCGCAUACACCACAGGCAUUUGGUCUCACUUGUCGGUUAUUGUAUCUCUGAGAACCAAAGAUUGCUCGUUUAUGAGUAUGUGCCAAAUAACAACCUGCAUUAUCAUCUCCAUGGUGAAAGCAAUCAAGUGAUGGACUGGGCUAAUCGAGUAAAAGUUGCAAGUGGUGCAGCACGUGGGCUAGCGUAUCUUCAUGAAGACUGUCAACCGCGCAUCAUUCACAGGGAUAUUAAGUCCACAAACAUUCUCCUUGAUAACAACUUUGAAGCACGGGUUGCAGAUUUUGGGCUUGCAAAGCUAGCAAUGGAAUUGGAUAUAAAUACUCACGUGUCGACUCGUGUAAUGGGAACCUUUGGAUACAUGGCUCCAGAGUAUGCGGCCACGGGUAAACUCACAGAGAAAUCAGAUGUUUAUUCAUUUGGUGUUGUGCUUUUGGAGCUCAUUACUGGUCGGGAGCCUGUUGACUCAUCUCGACCUUCGGGUGAUGAAAGCCUAGUUGAAUGGCUAGUUGACUCGAGGCUCGAAAACAAUUUCAGUGAAAGAGAGAUGUUCCGUAUGAUAGAAGCAGCUGCGGCUUGCAUUCGUCACUCGGCUUCUAAAAGGCCGCCGAGAGCUUUAGACUCCAUGGAGGAGUUGGAUGAUUUGAGCAGUGUAAUCAUACAGAGCCGGAGUGGAACUUUCGAUUCUAGAGAACAUUCGGCACAGAUUCGAAGGUUUGACAGAAUGGCUUUUGGCAAUGAAGACUACUAUAGCUCGGGUUCUUUUAGUCGCUCUCAAUGUAGCUGGAGGAGUUGA